UUCACUUUUUUGCUGACAUUUUCGCAUUUCCUGUCUAAGAAAUAUAUAUUUUAGUGUUUUUUGAUGGCUUCCUGAGCAGUAGCAUGAUUUUUAUAUCAAAAAGUGCAAUUUAACUAGAGAGAACUAUCUGACGUUUCCUGUCAAGACGGAACCUGGAUUUGUAAGCAUACAACAGAGCUAGAAUUUCUCUGCAUAGAAGCCAGAAGUUUGGAAGUAGGUAGUUAUGUGGAUUUUGAAGAGCUUUUGGAGAUUUCUUCAAUAUUUUUCGGACUGUCAGGGAUGUCAACAUAUUUGAAAUGGACAAUUACACGCAGAAACAGGAAUAUUAACGAUGUCAACGACUGUUGGGACUCACUCAGGGGCUGGUCCCCUUAGCCUAAUGUCCUGCGUUAGAGAGUCGUCCCCUUUGCAGGACUACGAACCUGAGGCGGAGAAGAACGUUGUCUCCAAAAGAAAGUUCUGGAACCCGAAGAAAUGGUUCAGGAAAAAGCAGAAAACCGGCGACGAAGCGGUAGUUCAUCUGCACCAUCCGGAGCAAAGAGAUGGAGAUGGCAACCGUAGCAGGUCUACGGGGGAGCUUUCCAUCGACGAGGAAUCGCCACCAAGAAGCCAUCAUGAGGGACGAAACUCGACCAACAUGCACCCAGGGCUGAGCGUAUCGCACGACAGCGUUUUCCAUCCGUUAAAUUCGGGAUCAUCCGACCUGGACCUGGAUGAGGCGCAAAGUUCCUCCUCAUUGUCCAUAUCGCAACCUCUAGGAGAUGCCAAGCUACAGACUGAAUUAAGCUCGCGGUUAAGACUGAGAAGAGGAAGAGGCGACACCAGCGAAGAUGACGAAGGUCUUCCUCGCAGUCCACCAUGUGGCUCACCAGCCGCCGCCACUGAUUCGUAUCUUAUUCUCGAAAAGACUGUUAACAAUAAAGAUCUUCCAACCAAAUCGCAUAGUACUUGCAGUGAUGGAUCGUUGCUUAGUAUGGAUAGCUCUGAAAUGGAUGAGGAUUCCGUUGGAUUGCAAUCAAGGCAUUCCUCGAGGGUUUCGUUAAACGAGAAAAAAGUGGAGCAAGAGUCAGACUUAGAACUAGGACCUAGUUUUUCUUCCACGCCUUUGAACCAUAGUGCUGCACAUCACAGGGUAUCGGUCAGGCCGAAACGAACUUACGGGGCACCGAGAAGAAAAAAAGGACAGCUUGCCUCAGCGCUUCCAGCCACUCCCGAAGUGAACGAGGAUGCCUCAAUACGGAGCAUUUCCCCCGACAGCAUUACCACAGAGCCGAUAACCGAGCUUUAUAGCAGUACAGCUCGCAGCCUUCGCAAGACCACCUUAGUGCCGCUCGAGGUGAAAUUAAAAUGUAAUUCUUUACCAGCCGGAGUGACUCCGCCCACUUCUGAUUCGUUCAGGCUGAGCAGGAGUCGAUCAAAUGCCGGCAAGAGUCAAGACGACGCAAAUCUGGAUGGGGAGAUUAGGGAGGAAAAGUUGUCGCUGUUUGAGCGGCUGUUUCCUAGGCGGAGCGGCAAGAAGAAGAAGAAGGAAGAGGCACGCGAUAGGGAGGAGAAGCUUGUGCAGAAAGAGAAAAUUGCCAAGAUGGAAGUGGACGGCAACACUAGAACUAGUGUAAACGAGGAACGGAAGAGCGUCCACAUUCGCUCAGCAACUCCAACGAGUGUGAAGACCAUCAGUGAGGUGCGAACCUCAAUAUCAUCGCAUUCGCAUACCAGGCGCGAAGAAAAACCUUCAGUGGCGCCUCGGUCCGGAGCGGCUUCCAGACAGAGAAUUCAACCAAUUGAUAUCCCAGCCAGUCCAAAAGACCCGCGCAGCACAAGCCAGCCAAUGUCUCCAGAGAAAGCGUUCAGCUCUGGAACUUCCCCCAUCCAAAUGGAGCUGGAAAGUUUCCUAAAGCAGCGCCAACUGUCUUCCACUACUAGUCCGAAAGAGUCUGUCCCCUCGCCACCCCAAUCCCCAAAACUAACUUCCGCCCAGGCUUCUACCACCUCCAAACACUUCCAAUCAUCGUAUUCCACAGAAGCAAGUUACGCCGAACAUAAGAUUAGUUCAGAAGAUAUCAGGAGUAAGAUCAAAUUGGCCGGACUGUCGUCCCUACAGCAGCGCGUUCUUAGUCUCAAUGCAGGACCAGAGGAAGAUAACUCAUACACAUCGCUGAUGGAGGUCCCUUUGAGGCCCAGCAAGCCUUUGGCCAAAUCGCACAGUUUCAAGAACCAAAAGCCUUCGUUAAAGAAGCCGCUUGAAGAGGUGACCGAAGACGUAACUGAGCGAAGAAAAUCGGUCACUAAAGCCACUUCCCUGGACAGCGUGAAGAAUCUCGAAGAGCCCAGCUUAAAAUCCGAAUUAAAAUUGACGCUCCAGCCUGCAGCAGGGAGGGCGACGCAAUCGGAAGUUCCCGAACCAGAAGUGGCGAAGAAAAAAAACCCGGAAAUAGUGGGCCAGAGCUACAAAAAGGCCAGCAUCGAAAAGGAACCGAGUGUCGCAGCACCAGAGCUUGCAAAUGGGCUUGAAGAGGAGAGCGGCGAAAAACUAGAGGCGCCGGGCGUUCGAAAUGCAUCAGUUCCGAAGUCAUUCAGUGACAAUUCGAUUACGAUAUCUGGACCUAGUCAUACAGCAAUAGUGAACGUUACCAGCAAGUCGGAAGACUUCAGCAAAAGUUCCUCCACUUCCGAAAGCGAAGUUCUAGAUAGCGAUGGAUCGAAGAAGCUGAUCUUCAAGGAAAGUCAGGUGUCUGUGACGAAGAUCCAGCUGAAGCACGAAACGACCCAGAUAACGAACAGUAGUGUCGUGCUGCCAAAGGCCAGUGUUCCUGAGUUCUUCAACAAGCAGCUGAACAGGGUGGAAACACGCCCCACCAGCAAUAUAGUUUUUUCGAUGAAAAGCCCAAAGAUUAGCCCGGAAGAGUUGCAACCAGUUAGGCCUAAAACGUUGUUUAAUUUCCCGCCACCUGAAGUAAAUGGAAACAAGUUUCCCAGAAAGUUCAGCAAAGAAGACGUGGAAAUCAUUGAAAAACCUGAAUCAAAUGAGGGUAAAGAUGUGUCUCCACCUAAGACCCCAACAACACCUACCCAGGCAAGAUUCAAGAAAAACGACUCUAAGCCAUCUUCACGCAAAUCUUCUGUGAUAUCCAUUACCUCUUCGGAGUCGACGCCGGUCAAGGAAUCCAUCAGAGAUAGAGCGCUUAAGACACGCUCGAUUUCGCUGGAUUCGCUUAAAAGCGAGGAAAAGCUCGAAUUGAGUGGGCCCGAUAAGUCCUCGCAGGACAGCUUGGAUAAACGCUCAAACGACAAUGUGGUCCUAAGAAGAAAGUCGUUUGUAAAGCAGAAGAACGAGGACGAGCCGGAGCUGAUGAAAGUGUUCGCCAGGCGCUCUUUAAAGUUAAAGGACAGCGAUAUUGAUCAAAUCCAAGAGGCGAUUGCAGACGAACAAAAGCAGCGGGAUUUUGAUAAAGAAAACAAUACAGAAACAACACCGGAGGUGGAAAAGAAAAUACUGGUUGCCAAGGAGGACGCUAAGACGCCGCUGAUCGAAAAUAUUCCAACAAAACCUGUGACUAAGGACGAAGUAAAAGUGUUCAAACAGCCUCUUGCCGAGAUCAAAAAAUCGCCCGAGUUCCUAAAAAACGUUGCCAAAGACGAGCCAGAGGUUCAGCUGAGGCGAAGCUUAAACAACAAUGUGUUUUUGGCCACUCAGCGGACUGCCAGUUUAACCACGUCCAAAACGGUCGUGUCAGAUUUUCACAUAAAAAAGCAGGGAUCGCUGAACGAAAGGCGAAAAACUGACCAAUGGAACAAAAAAGAUGAGAUUAUCGAAGAGAAACAGACGGAAUCUAAACUGAUUGUGGCCAAAACCGAGGACACCAGGACGGAAACGAAGAAUUUCAGCCAGAGGAGAGCUGAAUGGGAGAAGCGCGUACAGCAGGCGCAAAAGUAGUCGAAGCGCUAAACCGUUUUUCGUUUUACCGCAAAGGAGUAACCGUUGGAGCCAACAACCGAUCCAUAGUGUAUAUUAGUCAAUAAAUGUGAUAGCAUUAGUACUUAGGACAAAAUAUUUUAUUGUGUGUGAAGGAUUUUGGUGGGUUUUUUCCUGCAAAGCAAACUUUGAAAAGCAAUUGUUGCUGUUGUUAAUAUUUGCAGGAACAAAUGACCUGAAACGAAGCUCCAAUAUUGAGGGUAUUGUUGUGUUAUAAAAAGAAAUAAUAUUUUGUCUCUAAUGACCUCUAUUCUUGUAUAGCAUUUAGAUGAGCAAGUAUGUUUGUUUUUCACUCCAUGUCUGCGAAAACGAAUAUGAUUUGUUUUAUGUUCGCACCCUUUUAUUUAUUGUAUAUAUGUUCAAAUUGUCCUAUAUCUAAUCAGCACUUUCGUUAGUUGAAAGUGCUUCUAUUGGGUGUUUGAUUCUAUUCUGUGAUUGAAACGUUUGGAUUUACGUUUAAUAAUAACCAUUCGUUCGGAUUUGUUUUUGCGUUGCAGAUGUUUACUAAAUUCACGUCUAGACAAUCAAAUCCCAGUUUACAACUGCUUGAUCACAACAAUAAAAUCGUAUAGAUAUCAUUGUACAUUUAUACCUAAAUUUAACACUUUUGUAAAUAGUUUCAUGGUUGCCAACAUGUAUGGGUUUGUCGAGUUGCUGUAUCGGAACCGAAGUGUUGAUGCUCGGUUGGAAAGUGAACCCUCCCCAAAACCCUGCAUAGUAGUAAGAUUUAACAAAUCCCCUAACCUUAGCCUUAACCAAAUAUCUGUUUUCUCAGUAGAAAAUAUGCAUUUACUAUCUUCCUAUCCAUAAGAUUGUUCCAAUCUUGUACUAUAGAUAUUAGAUAAGUGCCUUUUUAAUUUCCGAAUUUAGGAUCGAUUGAUUUCAACUAGUUAUCAUUACAUGAAGUGCCGAUAAGAAAAUGCGUUUAUCAACAUUUCGUCGCUGGUUACUGUGAUUUCUGGUUGUCCAUAUGAAAUAACCGGGAAAAAGGUCAGAGCAUUAUCUUAAUGGCGCUUCAUGCAUUUCCAUAUUCUAAUCCCCAUGUGAUGAAAAUGUUAUAGAAAAGAUGGUGAAAUCACGCUUGCCUUUCAGAAGAGAAAUUUUGGUGCUUGAAAGAGAGUAAGAGAGAAUUUAUGUAUACCGUGUGUUGAUAUUAUCUUGAUGUAUUUAAUAAUUAGGAUGUAAGACACAAAUCACGCAAUAUGCCGAAAAAAUACAUGUUUAUUCUAAUUUCAA